CAUAUAAGCUACCUGCAACAUAACCUUGAAGAGUCGAUGAGUAAGAAGGUUAUGUCAGGUUAUGCUUAGAUACCGAAUGCUUUGACGUUUCUGUCGACCCGAUUUGGAUAUGGGCUUGUUUGGAAAGUCGCAAGAGAAGAAUCCUAAAGAAAUGGUUCAAGAGUGGACUCACAAAUUGAGGAAGGAAGGUUAUCAGCUUGACAGACAGGUUAGAGCAAUUCAGAGAGAAGAAGAGAAAGUUAAACGUUCCCUGAAGGAAGCGGCGAAGAAAGGGGAUAAAGAUGUGUGCAAAAUUCUCGCGAAGGAGAUCAUAAGGGCUCGUAAAGCCUGCAAUAAGAUUUACACAUCCAAAGCGCACUUAAAUUCCGUCUCGUUGCAAAUGAAAAAUCAGUUGGCGACGAUCAGAGUUGCUGGUUCAGUUUCUAAAUCUACAGAAGUGAUGCAAGCAAUGCAGUCUUUAGUGAGAGUACCAGAGGUGGCUGCAACCAUGAGAGAAAUGUCAAAGGAGAUGAUGAAGGCAGGUAUAAUCGAGGAGAUGUUAGACGAAACGAUGGAUUCUAUUGAAGAUUCUGAGGACAUGGAGGAUGAAGCUGAUGAAGAAGUCGAUAAGAUUUUAUGGGAGGUGACAGCUGGCCAAUUGGGUACAGCACCCGCAGUUGUCACAGAAAAUCCUGGGAUUCCGUCUACCUCUGCAGAAGAGGAAACGGAAGACGAUGACAAAGAAUUUGAAGAGAUGAAGAACCGAUUGCAAAGUCUUCGCAGUUAGAUGAAUAAUUACAAAUGAUUGGAGAAUAUUUAUAUUAUACAAAUGUCAGGGAAAUAAGUAUCUUAAUAAUAACAUUUACUAAAUAAAUAACACAAAUUAUAAAUAGUAGCACUUGCCUAUUUAUCAUGUUUUGCUAUUUAAUGUAAAUAUUGUAUUAUCAUAUUGUAGGUACUGUCGCUUUGUAGAGCAAGCAUUGUAAGCACUGUAUAUUUUUACAUUAAUUAUUCAAUAAUAAUUUUCUUUAUACUUACAAUUAUUAAUUAUUAUAGAGACAGAUUACGUAGGUUAAAUUUAGACUAAAAGUUAAUCAUAUAAUAAAAUUAUUACAAAUUUGAAAAAUCAAAAUUAAGAAAAUCACACGGAUAAUUGAAAUUAAACUUUCAGGUAAUCUUUAACUUUUCUCAUUUUUCAUAUGUUCUUGUCAUAUGUUUACAGUUAUUUAUACAUUUAAUAAGAAAGAGUUUUUUUUAGGAGAAACUUUAUAGAAUUUGGAUUCUAAUAUAUUAUCUUUUUCCAGUUUGUAAUUUAUUUUAAUGUUUGCUUAUUUACAUUUUCAAGUUAUAUGAAAUAAAAGAAGCUUACAGCUGUAGCAAAGCAAAAUCAAACCAUAUAGUAUUGAUGAUUAUUAAUUACUGUUAAUUAAUUAGACAAUUUGAAAUAUAGUGUUGAAAUGUGUGUCAACAACGUUAUAGUGAAAGAAAUAUUUUGUUGAAUAUUGUUAAUGAAUAAAUUAUAAUAAUAUUAUUGUAA